ACGCAACUAUUAAAAUGAUGUCGUCCACACUGCUUCAGCCCCUUAGGGAACCAUUUCAUGCUCAAAUUUUUGGUGCAGAUUGUACUUUGGAAAAUGACCGGUGAAUGCAGCUUUGUUAUUUUUGUAUGGAUUUGGGACCCUUUCAUGUCCUUCUGGAUCUGGAUAAACGGGUUUCAUUCAGCACAGCAGCCAUUUCUCUUCACAUUUGCCUUUUGUCAUGACAUGAAAUAUUUCCUUGGAUGAGAUAAAUUGCAUAAUAUUUUUAAAGAUAGUGAUAAAGUGGGGGGUUGGGUGUGGUCGGGGUGGCAAAAAUCUAGCCGGAUCGAGAAUGCCUUGUUUUUGGGAGGAUUUGUGAUUUGAUUUAUAUAGAUAUUUGCAAAAAAAAAGAUUGCAAACCUUUAGCAACGCUGCUAAUCCUAAUACGUAUAAAGGUUCGGAAGUGGAGGAAAUUUUGACAUCUAAAGGAUUUACAUGAAUCGGACAACCGUAAAAAAUAUAAGCGGCGUUCUUAUUGUACAAUUGGACUUGUAGUUUGGACAGUAAACAGAUUUAGCUUGUUCAUGGAUGAACAUUAUUUGGAAUGCGACGGAUCCACCAAUUAGACCGUGGUUACGAUAAGGACGACGACUACGUGGCGGAGGAGGAGGACGAAUCUGUGUCAUCGUCCGACUACUCUUCCACCACGACGGACAGUACUGACUCAGAAAACGACGACGACGAGAAAAAUGUUGCCAGUGAACGAAGAAAUUCCCAACGUUUACAACAAAAUAGCAAAACUAGUGCACAACACGAUGACAAAACGAACCAGCAGAAAAUAAGGACACGACGCCAAAAUCAAGUGACAACUUCCAAUCACAAGUCCAAACCUUUACAAAAAUUUGAGCUAAUGGCAGACGAGGAAAAACCGAAACGAAAGCGGGGUCGACCCCCCAAGGACCCCAAUUUGGUCCCUUCGCCAACCCAAAGAGGGCGAGGACGACCUCCAGCCACAAAAAAUGAGCCCAAAUCACCACCUAAAAAACCGACUCCACAGCAGCAGCAUCAACUCCAUCCUCCAUAUCUUGACCACCAGCGUAAUUAUGACUCUAACUUAUCAUCCACAUCAGUUACUUGCCCAAAGUGCAGAAAACCUUAUGAAAAUGCAGACGCCCUAAAAAAUCAUGCAUUUUGGUGUGACAACUCGACAAGAAUGACGCGCAGCAAGCGGACCGGCUCGACAUCUUCAAAUACGAAAAAGGUUGUGAAGCAAAAUAAGAAAAUUAAUGACACAAAUGGAGGCAAUAUCGACGCCGCGACAAAGCAUCGAGGUCGCCCGGGCAAGGCGAAGCUAAAUAAUGACCCGUCCGAGUCACCACAUUAUGAAGAGGCGAAUCAACUAUCCGAGCCUACAAAUGAACCAGUAAUACCCAACCUUAUCGACGACGAGGUUGCCGAUAAGUUUGGUCUUAUGCCGACGGAAGCUGAUGUGGAAAACAAUUCCACGCAAAAACUGGACGUUGCAUCAAAUGAUAAUAACAUUGACGACGACGACGGUCCUGCAAGUUGUCCUAAGUGCCAUGCGAGAUAUCGUAAAUUAGUCAGCCUUCUGAACCACAUGCCAACAUGUGUCGGAAGUGGAAGUGAAGAAGAAGAGGAGGAGGAGGAUGAAGAUGAUGAGAGCAGUGAUACGCAAAUGGGACAGGAGUUUGACACUGAAAUUCAAGAAAUUAGUGAAGAACAGGUUCGAGAAGAGAUUUCACCAGAGAAUGAGUCAUGCUCGCCUGAGUUGUCACCAGCUCAGCUACCUCUACCUGAACGGAUUCAGGAUCAAGAAAGAGUUCCUUCGCCACAAAUGAAUUCUGCACAUCAUUCCCUACACCACGACACCAACUCGUUUAGAAUUCAACAGCAGCAAUUAGUGCAGGGCCAGCUUCAGACUCAAAUUUUACCAACUCUUCCUCCCCUCCCCCAAACAAUAACCGUGGGCGGAAAUCUUAUAUCGCCUCCCUCAAAUCUCCCUCAGUAUGACACUGGUCAAGGGAGGCAACAACAACUGCCACAGCAAUACAAAAUAAUGCAACAACAACAAGAAAUACAGCGACAAAAUCAGCAGCCGAUACAACAGCCACAAAUACUGCAACAACAGCAGCAGAAAUUAUUACUGCAACAGCAGCCGCCAGUGCAGCAACAAAUAUUAUUACAACAGCAACACCAACAACAAAUACCUCAACCACAACAGCCGCCCCCACAGAUAUUAUUACAACAGCAAUACCAACAAGUACUACAACAACAACAUCAGCACAUUCUGCAGCAACAAUUACUGCAACAAGAACAGAAACAACAGCAGAAACACCAAAUACUAUUACAACAGCAACAACAAAUAUUACUGCAACGGCAAAAGCAGCAGCAACAACGGCAACAGCAGCAGCAACAACAACUACAUUCCCGCCUUCAAAACCAACCUCAGCCUCUACAGCAGGAAGAAAUGACAACAAUCCUUCAAGACACUGUCACGGGUCAAUUGUAUCGUAUAAACAUUCCUAUCCCUUUUCACCAACAACAACAGCGACCAACCUGCUUUACAUUGCCUGGCCAAGAAUUUCAGUUACACCAGCAGAGUCACGAUAAUCAUCCUGCUCCUCAAACAGUGCCCGUCGGUGUGGGUCAAAUGCAACAGCAGCACCAGCUUCCUCAUACUCAUAAUAAUAACAUAAGUCAACCACAGCCACCCGUACUCAAUGCAUCUCCACUACACAAUCCCCUCCAGUUGCAAGAUGUGUCCCCUCAAUUGAACUCGAUACAACUCCAGGCGCAACAACUGCAAAUGAACACACACGGUCGCCAAAUUCAGAACAGGAUAACUUCAACUCCUCCGCCACUGUCACACAGCCUUCAUUCCAACAUCCCAGCUCAAAUCUCCCAAAUCUCACAGGCUAUGAACUUCCCCCACAACCAACAAAGAACCCAUGAAAAUCCCACUCUAUUUCAUUCGAAUUCCUCAACGUCCUUAUCCACAUUCCCAUUUAUGCAACGAUCCUUACCAGAGCAGAGUGUAAUAACCGAUAAUAUUACAAAUACCAUGAUCACUCAGCAACAAAGCCAGCAAAUAUCAACUCCGAUUCAGCAACAGCAUCCACUCAGUCCUGCAGUGGCUUCUUCCACAAGCAAUAAUGCUGGGAUUUCUCUUCAGCACGUUAGAUUACCACACGUAUUCCAGUCCUCCUCACCUCUUUCUCAGGCUAGUGAACCCUCUGGUCCUGCUCAAUAUUUAUCUGCGGUUGAGGCGGACGGGAAUUUGUCUCUUUCCUUCGACCCAAAAUUAAUGCAUCCAUACGGUCCUCAGCCACGUUUACCACACCCACUUCAAUUCGCUCAACACCAGUCGCCGACAGGGCUCAGUCUCAAUACUCACCAACAGUUACAAUUAGCCCAACAACGCGCUUUUCAUCAUACUCAGGUACAACAACUGUACCAAAAUCAGUCUCUACAGCAAAAUCAGUCCCCACAACAAAAUCAACAGUCAAAUGAUCCACUAACCCAGUCGUCAUUUCCAAACUGCUUUGGUCACUCUCAACCAGAACUUCCACAACAUUCCAUACCCAGCCAGCCGACAAAACUUGGGCCGGAUGCUUCAUUUCAUUCGUUACCAACGGCCUCGCCAGUCGCCGGGAUGUUACACCCUUCGUCUUCCGUCGCCACUGGUCGCCAAGUUAAUGAAACCCAACAACCCGUGUCAGUAGAAGGAAAUGUUCUCCAGCCUCAGCUUCUGAAACCGUCCCAGCUUCAAACCUAUCACGAGCAGCAACAACAAAUCCAACAACACGUAAUGUUAGAAUCUUUACAGAGGCAAGUUCAACUGCAAACUAUGAGUUACAAUCUUGGGUCACAAGUUCACCAUCAGCAGCAUUCGUCACAGCCCCAUUCAUCCAACCAAGUCCCCACUACCUCCUUCCAACUUCAAUUCCCUUCAGGGGGAAUUAUACUCCAACAGAACCAAGGCAUGGAAAAGUUUCGAAAAGUUUUACCCGCUACAGCAUCCCACGUGCUGAGACCUAUCGAGCCUAAACCAGCCCCCCAGUCUUCGGGGGAACCAGGCACGAAUCAUUCCCCCGGAAAUCUCGCAAAAUCCCACUUAGCCAAUAUGAUUUUACAAAAGAAUCAGACCCAGUUUAUCAACACUAGCCAAUCGGAACCUCAUUUUAAUACCUUCUUGGCACAAAAUGUGCAACAAGCUCACCCAAACUUGAGGAAAAAUCCCAUCUUAACAGCGGUGGUUCGUCCAAUGGAACACCCUCUGCAAAAAUUAUCCCAUCAAAUUUCUCAGAUCGAGUCCACUUUCAACAGCCUGACUUCCAGUGGUGGAAAUGCCACCCAAAUCCAACCAAAUGACGUCCCAGUAUCUCGACCUGUCGAUGAGUCUCUUCCAGAACCAGUGGAUGACAGUAAUACUCAUGGUACGAUUUCUCAAACUCCUACACCAAUGCCGAUGCCUACUAUCCCUACUCCUACGGUCAUGACCACCCAAAAAUAUACCACUGGGGAAGCAGAACGUCCACCCCUUUCAACCCUGCAAGAAUCACGUCCCACGCCCCCCAACCCUGAAGAGACUCCUCCCCGUCCUCGACAAAAAAGGAAGGCCAUCACCUCCACAAACUCCUCGCCGUCUAAAAGUGUCCUCAGUCCGCCCAAACCUAUACAACUCACGCUAAAACGGAACGAACGAGGGGGUUCAUACUCCGUCAAGCACAUUAGCGAAACUAAGCCGGAGGCCAAUUCCAAAUUCAAGAGUUUGAAGAUAAGGGCUCGCAUAACUUCUGGAGAGUUGGAAGGGACAAUGACGAACGUCGUGGUGGAGCCAAAAAUUCACCUUAUUCCGAUCCCUGACCAAGAUGGGGAUGAGGGGGACUCGAAUCUCACGAUUACGGAGGAUGGAGAAGGAGCAAGCUCAGUUAUUCCUAGUAUUCCAGUAAAUUAUGCGGUGCAUGGGGAGACUCCAAAAUUGGCUUAUCGAGCCGUCAUCGUGUACGAAGUGUCCCAUGGGAGCACUCUCAUAUUCCGAUCGAGCGAUGUUAGGGCGAUUUGGUGUCAAAUUUUUGAAACUGCACAAGGCAUUCGGCUCAAGAGGAACCUUCCACCCAUUUCCUAUCCCGCGACCACCGUGUCUCUUGUGCACAUGUUCAACGUUCUCGGCCUGACGCAUCGUGCCGUCCAGUUCUUGCUGAACCAUUUGCCCCCACCAGAUAAGGAGACACCCUUCAAAGGGCUUCCCCUCAGGAAGGAGAUCGAGCCUGACCAAGAAAGUGGAGUGGACGCCGUAAAUGAAUCUGGUUGUGCUCGGACGGAGGGGUACACGGGACGAAAAGCCUUCGACAUGUUUGGCUGGCUGGCUUCGAAACAUAGAAAACCGUUGGAAAAAAUGCCCUCGAUGGGGGAGGAAAUUUGGAAACCUAUCGGACUCCCGUUAACGCAACGAUACCGUAAUUUGAAGGAACGGACAGAAAAUACGUUGGUCGUCAUGUGGUCGAUAAUUCAUGGGAGGGGACUCUACACGCGGAGGGAUAUUGACAAGGGGGACAUAAUUAUCGAAUAUGCUGGAGAAGUAAUUCGCUCCCCAGUUUGUGAUCAACGGGAAAAGUUUUACGAGACGAAGGGAAUUGGCUGCUAUAUGUUCCGGAUCGAUGACGAAUACAUUAUCGACGCCACCAUGAAAGGAAAUGCUGCCCGAUUUAUUAACCAUUCCUGCGAUCCAAACUGCGAGUCCAAAUCGCUCCGAAUGUCGGGGACCGAACGGAUCGUAAUUUUAGCACUGCGUAAAAUAUUUAGCGGUGAGGAACUCACGUAUGACUACAAGUUUGAGAAGGAAGUGGACAAAAUUCCUUGUGCCUGUGCGUCCAGAAAGUGUAGAAAAUAUCUCAAUUAAUUCUUAAUACUCAAAAACUACUUAAAUAUAUACCGAAUUGUGUUCUAAUAUUCGACCACUGCCAAACAGGGUCUGAUUGAUUUUUGUACGAUGAGAUACUUAUAUAACUAUUAGAAUUAGUUACUUGUAGAUGUAUUUAGACAAAUAUUACGAUAAAACAGCAAUAUGUGUACGUAUAUAUUUUCAAUUUUUUGAAUAUAAAAAUGUUAUUGAGACUUAAAUAUGUGCCUAUUUAUAUACUUGACUGUUUUGUUUUAAUUCUUAUCAUGAAUUUUUUAACCACAGGGUAACAAUGUGACUGACUGCAGAUGCAUGCAAAUUUAUAUUUAUUUACAUACAUAAGUAUGCAUGCACUUAUUUCUUUAUUAUGCACAGUCGAGUCGACUAAAUUUGUAUACGAUAUAGACUGUGAUAUCACGAACGAGUGUGAAAGAUUACGUGGCCAGAUAUGUAUGCACUUAAUAAGUAAAUGCACAUGUACACCCAGAUAUUACUUAACUAAAUAAUUAAUUAAUUAAUUAAUUAAUUAAUAAUGAUAUAGUAAUAUAAUGAUACAGUAAUAUACAUAUGUAUGUACUGAAGUAUUCACAUUUCUACACUCCAUUGAAUAAACUCAUGUACCCAA